UUGGACGGGUUCACCAUGUCGGAGCGUGAUGCUGGGCCCGGACUCAGACUCAGACUCACUCAGACUCAUUCGUGGGCUCGGACUGGCCAGGCUGUGGCCGCGCUUCAGCAGAUGCUGCAGUGCUCCAGCUGUUGCAAGCUGCUUCAGGAGCCUGUCUGUCUUGGAGGCUGUGAGCAUGUGUUUUGCUGUGUUUGCGUUGCUGAUUCUCUUGGGAAUGGAUGUCCAGUAUGUCAUGCCCCAGCAUGGGUGAAAGAUCUGCAGCCAAAUCGACAGCUGCACAAUAUUGCCCACUUAUGCAGCCAACUUCAAGAUCUCUUGAAUAACAAAGGCUCUCCAGCUGAUAAAAGUAACCCAGCUACACCGGAAAUGAAAGCUGAAAGCAAAACUGGUAAAAAGUGGCAAAUCAGAACGUGGUUUAGUCCACGCAGUAGAAAAUUGAAGUGUGUUCUGGAUGCUGUGAAGAAGCCUCAGAAGAUAACUCCAUGUUCUGAUAUUAAUGGAACGCCACCUUCUGUGUUUGAAUUCAUAUCAUCACCAUCACCUCCACAUGGUUCACCAAAGAAGAAGACUUCAGACAAGUCAAAACGAGGGAGUCGGAAAAGAUUGACUGAUAUUAAUAAGGAUUGGGGAUUUGGAAAAAGAACAAUCAUGAACAUAGAGAGAGAGAAUGACAGUACUGGAGAUAUGGAUCACGACAGAGUAGUCUCAUUUUCCAGUGAACCAUUGGUUUGUAGCAGUCAAAGACAAGCAGUUCCAGAUGAUACUGCUGAAGCAUUGGACCAUUCAGAUACAAUUUCACCGGUUCACAAUAUAAUUGAUUCCAAGGUAGAGUCUGUGACCAAACGAACAGCAGAUAAUCCUUCUGAAGCAAGUAACAAUGCAGCAACCUCCAGUUGCAAGGCUAUUUCUCCAGGACAGUUGCCGCAAAUCUUCGAUGAGGAACAUCUUGUUCCUCUACCCAAAGCACAUGCCAGUGCUAAAAGAUCAAGAAAAUCAUCAGAUUCUAGCUCUAAAACCCCCUCAAAAAAGAUAAAAAAAGGUCAGAGUUCUUGCCUUAAAACAUCACCAAGUUGCAGUAAGAAUACAUGUGAUCCAUCUAGAUCAGACACACAAGAUCAAUCUGUAACUCCACUACGACUUAAAUCUGAGUUGAGCGAAGCUAUUAAUGAGACACAAGCUAUUUCUUCAAUAGACAAUAGCUGCAACACCUCUUCGAAUAGAGGCGACGAUGGAAAAAACCAACAUGCGACACAGAAAUCUCCGUGCACACCACGAUCUACACCUAAAAGCAAUCUGGUCGGAAGUUGUGCGACAACUCCAAUCUCUCCUCUUACUCCCACGAUGAAGAAAAAUCACAAGGGUGAAACUCCACUACACAUCGCUUCCAUAAAGGGGGACAUUGCAGCAGUUGAGCAGCUCUUGGAGAAUGGAGCUAAUCCAAACAUCAAGGACAAUGCAGGAUGGACGCCUUUGCAUGAAGCCUGUAACCAUGGGCACAUGAAGGUUGUACAGCUGUUACUGCAGUUUGGUGUUCUUGUGAACACACCAGGAUAUGAAAAUGAUUCUCCCUUACAUGAUGCAGUAAAGAAUGGACAUGUGAAUGUUGUUAAGCUGCUCGUCUCACAUGGAGCUUCUCAAGAUGUGAUCAAUAUCUUUGGAAUGCGGCCUAAGGAUUAUGCAAAUGCAGAAGAACUGAUUGCCGCUCUGCAGCAAUCCCCGGAAGAUGAAAAUCCACUUGUUGAGCAGUGUUUUAUGUCAUCUGCAAGCCAGAGAAGAGAUGAACCUAUCAUGUUGCUGGGAAGUGGGCUCCGUCCAGCUGACAAGAAUAAAAUGGACAAAUUAAUAAAGCAACUAAACUUUGGGAGUUGUACUGAAUUUAGCAGCUCAGUGACGCACAUUAUUGUUCCCAAUGAUAAUGCUCCCUGUACCAAGAAGUGUUUGAUGGGGAUCAUCUCUGGCUGCUGGUUGGUGGAUUUGCAGUGGGUGACUGCUUGUCUGGAGUGCAAGGGCAGAGUUUCUGAAGAAGCCUAUGAGAUAAAUAGCAUGACUGGUCCCAAACGUGGACGUCUCAAUCGAGAGCGGCAGCUUCCAAAGCUGUUUGAUGGCUGCCAUUUCUAUUUCAUGGGCUUGUUCAAAAGCUGCAAGAGAGAAGAUUUAGUUCAAAUGGCCAAGACUGGUGGGGGCCAGAUCCUUGCCCGGCAACCCAAGCCUGAUAGUGACGUGACUCAGAGCAUCAACACUGUGGCCUACCAUGCAACCCCUGGGUCCGAUCAGUCAUUCUGUACACAAUACAUCAUCUAUGACAAAGACAGUGACUAUAAGCCUAAGAAAACCAGGCUGGGGAAAGUGUGGACUACCCAUUCUGCAUGGCUGAUUAACUGUGUGAAAUCAUUUGAACUGCUUCCAGUUGCUGAGAACUAGUAGAAUUAUAUAUAAAUAUGGAGUUGAUUUAUUUUGUAAAUUGAUGUUCCUCCAUGUGCUGUUGAUUAAAAAUGAUAUAAAAAAGUUAUUAAAAUGUAACACCAGCUCAAAAAAUGUGAAUAACAUUAAAACUCUGGGUCAAAGUUUGUUUAAAUUAAUCACUAUAAAAAUUGCUUUAUAAUGACCUCCCUCUGCUAGCUUCGCUUAUAUUGUGUUACAUUAACUGUUCAUUAUGCUAAAUUAGGCUCAUUCAAUAAAAAUAUUUAUUUUAUAUCUUGCUUUAGACAUGUUUCACACUCGAUUUGUUUUAACAUGAAAUGAAUAAUGAAAUACGUGUGCGUACUUUGAUUCGAGGCAUGCUGUGCCAGUAUUGAGAUGCUUUAAUUCAUUCUUUGUUAAUAUGCUCGUUAUCAAAUCAUGUACUUUUAUUUGUUCCAGAGUUAAGACUGUUCAAUGCUUGGGGUCUGGGCAAAUCACUGGGAAAGCACUGUUGAAGGAAAACAAUAAAAUGUAGUUUUAUCUGUAA